AUGCGUGAAUGUAUCAGCAUACACAUUGGCCAAGGCGGAUGUCAGAUUGGAAACGCCUGUUGGGAACUCUACUGUCUUGAGCAUGGGAUUCAACCCGAUGGUCAGAUGCCGUGUGAAAAGACCAUUGGUGGUGGCGAUGACUCAUAUGAAACGUUUUUUAGCGAAACUGGGGCGGGAAAACACGUACCUCGAGCCAUAUUUGUAGACCUGGAACCUACUGUUGUGGAUGAAAUUCGUACGGGCACAUAUCGUCAACUCUUCCACCCUGAUGAACUCAUUACUGGCAAGGAAGAUGCUGCUAACAACUAUGCACGUGGUCACUAUACCGUAGGGAAGGAGAUCGUUGACUUAGUGCUGGAUCGUACUCGCAAAUUGGCUGAUCAAUGCACUGGCCUUCAGGGAUUUUUUGUCUUUCAUUCAUUUGGUGGUGGAACGGGUUCUGGAUUCACAUCGCUUUUAAUGGAACGUCUAAGUGUUGACUACGGCAAAAAAUCCAAGCUGGAAUUCUCCAUUUACCCAGCUCCCCAAGUUUCCUCGACUGUAGUCGAACCGUACAAUGCUAUCCUGUGCACCCACACCACCAUCGAACACUCUGAUUGCGCAGCAAUGUUCGACAACGAAGCCAUAUAUGACGUCUGUCGCCGAAAUUUAGAUAUUGAACGUCCGACCUAUACCAACUUAAACAGACUCGUAGGUCAAAUCGUGAGCUCAAUGACAGCGUCCCUGCGAUUUGAUGGAGCACUCAACGUGGAUUUGGCUGAAUUUCAAACCAACCUAGUACCCUAUCCAAGAAUUCACUUCCCUCUUGUCACGUACGCACCUACCAUAUCAGCUGAGAAGGCGUACCAUGAACAGCUCAGCGUUGCUGAAAUCACCAACGCCUGCUUUGAACCUGCCAACCAGAUGGUAAAAUGUGAUCCACGCCAUGGGAAGUACAUGUCUUGCUGCCUUCUAUUUCGUGGAGAUGUUGGGCCGAAGGAAGUGAAUGCGUCGAUCUCUUCCAUCAAGACUAAGAGAACCAUUCAAUUUGUCGACUGGUGUCCCACUGGUUUCAAGGUUGGUAUCAACUACCAGCCCCCCACUGUGGUCCCUGGUGGUGAUUUGGCAAAAGUACAACGAGCUCUUGCAAUGAUUUCAAAUACAACAGCAAUCUCUGAGGCUUGGGCUCGUUUGGAUCACAAAUUUGAUUUGAUGUAUGCCAAACGCUGCUUUGUUCACUGGUACGUCGGCGAAGGCAUGGAGGAGGGUGAGUUUUCAGAAGCUCGUGAAGACUUGGCAGCUUUGGAAAAAGACUAUGAAGAGGUGGGACAGGACAGUGUUGAAGGCGAAGGUGAGGAGGAGGAGGAGUAUUGA